CGAGUCAGGGCAUCAUGGGAGGUAGUCAAAGUACUCCAGCGGCCCCGCCUCCUGCACCAAAACCCGCAGCCUCUCCAGCCUACACUCAACAUUACUCCUCAUUCAGCAGCCAAAGUACUCCAACGGUCCCACCUCCUGCACCAAAACCCACAGCCUCCCCAGCCUACACUCCAGCUUACCCCUCAUUCAGCAGCCCAGUCAAUAACUACUCCAGUUACUACAGCACUACUUCAGGAGUCACCCUUCCCCAGCAAACUUCUCGAGGAUCAACCUCUGCCCAGUCAACUACUCUGGCAGCAACCUCAGCUCAGCCAACUCCUCAUGGACGUCCCACGCCUUCAGUGCAAUCUUUACUGCCUGGCUUAGAUCACGUGUCAAUUGGCACAGCUAAAGUUGGCUCUGCCAGUACUGCUAGCUCGGCUUCACCUGCUACUGUGAACGUCACUCAUGAUGUCCAUGAUUACGUUGUAGAAAAAGCAGUUUCAACAAACAAAUUGGUACCAGAUUUAGGCUGUGUACCGCGGAGCUCUAGGUGUGAUCGUCAUAUUUUGAGGGUUUGCAACAUCUACAACCAGCGGAACUUUGUUUGCCAGAAAUUUUGCCAUCGUUUUCACGUUUGUUUGAAGUGGAUUAAUGGACAGUGUAAUUCCAAUUCUUGUGAUUGUGAUCACAGCUUCAACUCAACUCACAAUCAAAUGCUAACUCAAUAUCUGGUAGACCAACGUUUUAGUGAAGAUCAACUCAAAGAACAGCUGAAGAAGAAUGUCGACUUUGGUCGGAGAGCAAGAAGCAAGUAUGAAACAGGAGCAAUGAUUUGCUCUCACUACUUAGCUGGCAGGUGCGUGCACCAAAACUGUAGAAAUAUUCACAUGAAGCAAAAAUUUUCCUGGGAAAUACAGGACGGCACCUGGGUUCGCCUUCCCGACCCCCUGAAUCAAAGUCUCGAAGAGGCUUACUGUGAUCCCUCCAAGGAUGAAGUAACUUUAACACUAGAAACCAAGUCAGACUCCUCAGAUCAACAUCAUCUCAGCAAGAUCUUUGGCCAAAACGGCUCUACCGGUGACUUUGAUUUCAGAAGUAUGACUUUCCGCUCAAGUAAGAUGAAAAUAUUCCAGGUGCGACGUUUGUCAACACCUUCUGAUAUUUUUGCCAACAUGGGUACAAACACUCGAUGGUUGUGGUUCUUGGAAAGCCAGUAUGGAAGCCCCACGUUCCUCACUCACGGUGAAACGGACAAGUUUUAUCAGUUGGCCCUCAGCGACUGUUUAGAAAGAGCCCUGCAAAACGGAGAAUCAGAAGUAAGAACUCGGAAUGGAAACAUUUACGAUCUAGUGAAUAUGAAUUUCAUGCAAUAUGGCAUGCGGUUGAUCAGGAGGCCUGCUAAAAUUUUAUCAACUCAGAUGCAAGACAACAAGCCAAUUCACUUCAGGAAGCUUUGGAACGAGACUAUAUCAAAUGGUGUCUUCUCCGUGGAUCAGAUUGCUGUUGGCUCAAAUGAGUAUAUUUUCGUGGAUAAUAUAUUCCGUACCACUCUUAGUGGAAUCAGCAUCCACAAAAUAUUCCGUAUCCAGAACAGCUUUCUCUGGGAUGAUUAUCAGCUGAAGAAAAAGAAGAUGGUGCACCUGUUCAAAGGGGACGUUCAGCGACUGAAAGAACAAUACAUGUUCCAUGGCACUAAGGCGUCCGUUCUCGACAAAAUCUAUGAAGGAAACCUAGAUUGGCGUCUCUAUGGAACAAACGUUGGGUGCGUUUAUGGACGAGGCACCUACUUCUCAAACCAAGCCCGCGUGUCGCACGGUUAUGCGUCUGGAUCGCCCAAAGUCAUCUUGCUUGCCAUGGUUCUUGUUGGCGAUGCUUGCGUGGGAAAUAAAAGCAUGGAUUACCCACCCAAGAACCCCGCCACCAACAUGCAUUACGACACCACUGUCAACAGUACCUCGAACCCCACUAUUUUUGUCAAGUAUAACGAUGACGAGUAUUACCCAGCUUAUGCUGUGUACUAUGAUUAAUGUGUACUGUGGUUAAUUUCCCUGCUUAUGUUGUGUACUAUGAUUAAUUAAUGUGUACUGCUUAAUUACCCAGCUUAUGUUGUGUACUGUGAUUAAUACCCGUUAUAGAGGAAUUUUUUUCAUGAAGUUUUCCUUUUUGUUUAUUUUACAAAAGAGUUUUCUCGAAAUCUGUGCAGUACAUUCAUCCAGAUCAAAUUGGAAUAUAAUUUCGGGCAACUUUGACUCAUUUUACUCAUGCAAAUGAACUAGAAGGAGGUAGUCUUUCAAACUGCUUUUUCUCGUUUUUGGUGGCAGCUCUUGUGAAUUUAUUUGUACGUAUUAUACAGCAAAUUUUAUUCAAAUUUCAGGUACAGGAGAGUGUUACCGACACCUUUAUUAUUCACAGAAGAGCUAAAUAAGAAAUUAUAUUUUGCCGCUCGUUAUGCUAGCAGCAUGUCAAACCAGCUUUUGUUGUCAUGCAGCAACCUUUCUUAGUAGUAUCUUUCAAGGUAAUUUCCAAAAUUCUGUUGAAUUUUUUGUUUUAAUUAAGAGGUUUACCCUAUCUAUAUUUCUAAU